ACACAUAAAAGUCCCAAAAUACAUAAACAAAAGAAAUGCAGCGCUCUUGAGAAAAAUGAUAAAAAUAGACACAGUCCAAUGAAAAAACAGUGCUCCUUGUUUCCCAGUGUAAAUGGUAGAAUUUUGCACUAACCAGAACGCGCAUAGAUCCUUUCUCCACUUGAGUCUGGUCAGAUAUACGGCUUGGAAGAAUGGAGAUCCCCCCCACCUACGCCCUCAUGUGGUGGAAAGUGAUCCAGCAGGUCAGAGCAAUAACGAUCUAGGUGAGCCUCCAAAGGAACUGGCACAGGAAUCCCCAGGGCUACAAGGAUGGAAGAAGCUCCUCACAGGAGACACAGGGGAGCACUCAUAGUGUAG